GUGACUGCUAGUAACCAACGCUGUGCAAGCUCUUCUACCCUCAAAGUUCUAGUAGAAGAUGAAAAUGACAACAAUCCUGUAUUUGAGAAAAAGAACAACCUAGUAGAACUUAAGGAGAACACACCUUCUGGUCACGUGGUAACAAAACUGACUGCAACAGACAAAGAUGAAUUGGAUGAAGGGAAACUUCGAUACAUCAUCGUAGAAGGAAAUAAUGGAGGAGAGUUCCAGAUUGAUCUGGAAACUGGUGUUCUAUCCGUUGCAAAAUCUCCAGACAGAGAAACAACUCCGGUUUUUAUGCUACGAAUCCUGGCGGUCGACACAGCAAAUAACACUGGACUUGCCAACGUCCACAUUAUCAUUCUGGACGAAAACGACUGGACCCCAACGUUUUUAAACAGCACAUUUGUUUUUAAUGCCACAGAAGGUCGAGCAAGUUUGGGAGCAGGGAUUCGUCUCCCAGUUAAAGACAAUGACGAGGGGAAGAAUGGACAGCUGGAAGUUCUCAUUGAGGAAGGAAACAGCGAUAAACAUUUCAGAUUAGGAGUGGAUGAAGAAGGAGCCAUAUUUUCCAUACGAAAAGAACUGGACAGAGAAAGUUACAACGUUGAAGAUAAUGCUAUUCAUAUUGUGAAAGUUGCUGCUCGAGAUAGUGGAGUGCCCCCUCGAACUGGCACAGCUCAAGUUAUGGUUAUAAUUCGUGAUAUCAACGAUAAUCCUCCGAAAUUCGAAAAAGAAGUAUAUUACCAGUUUUUGUCUGAGAGCGCCCCCGUGGGGAUAGUUUUUGAAACAGUAAAAGCAACGGACGCUGACUCUGCACGAAACACAAAUCUAAGCUAUUCCUUUGAUCAAACUUACAAAAACGGUAAGUUGAACUUCGUUUAUAUUUACAAUAUAGAUUAA